CAGUUUCAGCUUAUUUCCGAGUGCUACGGGUUUCCUCUGCGUUUCUAAACAUCCAUACUAGUUGUCCCCUGCCAAGAGGCAGCUACGGGAUAUGUCGAGAGGCGGGGACCUCUCUCUUUCCACCUAAAUCCUCCCCAAGUUGGGACCCUGCUGACGUGCUAUGACAUGAAGCAGGACCACAGUUGUGGACAUUACUGAAGUUGGAAGGUUGUGUUGACCUUUCUGUAUUUCUCAGCUGAACUGAGCAUAUACCUUGCCCAAGACAGUGGGCUAGCUAUCCUGCUGUUUGUUCUCCCCUUGACCAGACGUUAAACACAGCAACCAUCAUGCAGAGUUCAUCGCUUCGCCGGCAGAUGAAAAACAUGGUCAACAACUACACAGAGUCAGAGAUCAAGGUCCGAGAGGCCACCUCCAAUGACCCCUGGGGACCCUCUACCUCCCUCAUGUCUGAAAUAGCAGACUUGACCUACAAUGUGGUGGCCUUUACUGAAGUCAUGGGAAUUAUUUUGAAGAGGCUGAACGAUCACGGCAAAAAUUGGCGCCAUGUUUACAAAGCACUCACGUUACUAGACUACCUGGUCAAAAUGGGCUCUGAGCGUGUGGCCAAAUCAUGCCGGGACAACAUAUUCACCAUUCAGACGCUUAAAGACUUCCAGUACGUUGACCGAGAUGGACAUGACCACGGUAUCCAUGUCCGAGAGAAGGCUAAGCAACUGGUGGCUCUGUUAAAGGAUGACACGAAGCUAAAGAGCGAGAGGAACCAGGUACAGAAGACUAAAUCACGGGUGGGGAGAGGCAGCGCUGGAUACAAGGGAAGCCACAGUGGGGAUGAUUUCAACAGAUGCAAAGGAUCACCAUAUCUCAGCUCCUCCCUUGUAGCAUCCCCUUCAUCUCGACUUGGCCCAGACCUCGAACAAGCCAUUCCAGCAUCUACUGGAGAAGAGGAGCUGCAGCUGCAGCUGGUUCUGGCUAUGAGCCGAGAAGAAAGUGAAAAGCCACCUCCCACAGUGGACAUUGAUGAACAUACUCAGCUUCAGAUCGCAAUGAAACUCAGCAAAGAGGAGGCCAAGAAGCCAGUCAAACGUGCACCUGCUCCCGCCCUGGAAAUAGACGAGGACGCCCAGCUCCAAUUAGCCCUGAGCCUGAGCAAGGAGGAACACCAGCAGGAGCAGCUCACUCGCCAAGGAGAUGAUUCUGAUCUCCAAAAAGCUCUGGAGGAGAGCAAACGUGAAAUGCAGGGAAAAGGCGGGACGGCCUUCAUGGACCUGGUUGAUAUUUUUGCGGUACCUGCAGAUGCACCUCCCAGGGAGAUUUGCUGGAGUAAUGCUACACACCAGGCAGCAGCUGGGGCUAAGGCUACAGACCCCAGGGACUCCCUGGACUACGUCCCAAGAGCUGAUUCUCCCUGGAUGGUGCCACCUUCCCACAGCCCCCCACCACCGUGGGAACCUCCAGCGUACCCCUGGAAUGCCCUGCAAGAUGUCUCCCACCCCAAAGCCCAGGACUGGACAGCUGAUGGGAAUCUGUUUGAUGAAGCAAUGGAUGGUGGUCCAGUGGGUGUUAAUGGUCGAGAUGAGGACGUCUCUGACCUCUUCGACAUGUCCGGUCUCAGAGACAGCCUUGCCAACACUAAGCCUCGGAGAUGCAGGACACCUGAGUCCUUCCUCGGGCCAACAGCUGCUUCCUUGGUAGACCUAGAUGCGCUGAUUCCCACAAAUCCAUUUUUAGCAGGUCUCAGUGCUCCUUUAGCUGCCAAUCCAUUCCAAACGGAGCAGCCGAAAGUCAGCCUGAAUGAGAUGAGCUCUAGUUUCACCUCUCCAGCUCCCCAAAGCAACUCCCUGCCAUACAGCGCCUCACUGCCCCUGCCUACAAGCCAACAGUGUGCCACCAUUCCUUCGUCACUCACUCACCCCACUCCGCCUGGUCUGGAACUGCCAGUGAAGCUCCCCGAGCCUUUGUUGCCCUUCUCCUCAGCCAGUAAUGAGGAAAUACAAGCCGAACAAAUCAACGUGAACCCAUUCUUAUAAGGACCACCCCAACUGGAAAAAUAUGGGCUAGAAGAAAGAGGAAUGCUAUUAGUUUAUGCUCUUGGAAUAACACUGAUUUUGCAAACCAAAACUGCAGCCCUAAAGACUUGUAUGAGAAGCCUAUUAUUAAUGGUUUUUAUUUUGUAUAAAACAGUAAUCCUUAUAUUCGCACAAGCUAGUUCUACUCCUCACAACGACCAAUGAAAGCUGUUGAACUGUUACUAAUGAGUUACAAAUUCAAACGAAACAGAAGCACACUUUAAUAUUACGUUGUACCGAUCAAAGGCCUCCGAAGUCUCGCAACGGGCAUCAUGACAACCUGUUCAGCGCCUGAAACGCUCCUGCAUCAAUUCAUUUAACCGAUGUUGCUUCUGUAGACCACUAUUGACUGGUUUAUUCAAUGCAUAUAUAAUUUGAAAAUAACUGUGGAAUGAAAUUACACUUUGUGCUUUGGAUUUCCAAUAUGCAAGAUAGCAUCUGGAAUGUAAAACCAUUUGCAUGUGAAAUACUAACUCAUCAAUUACAGCAACAGAAACUACAGCCAUUUUCUGCAUGGAGAAUUAUUUAGCCUUUUCUUCUCAUCUCCUCUGUUAUCAUCAGUAUAUUUAAUUAGAAAAUAAUCGCCCAAAGUAAAAAAAGCAACAUAAAACAGCUGUUUGAUUCUUUGCUUUAUAUUUACUGGAUAAAAUCUUGAGAAGAGUUACACAAAUAAAUCAAAAUGUACUGAAUUGGUAACAACAGUUUAAUUAAAUAAAGCAUUCCAGACACCAAUGAAGGAAAUAAAUACAAAAUCACAUAUAAUGGCAAAAAAUAUACAAACAUUUAUGCUCUGCCCCAACACUGAUAAUGGUGUGAAAAACUGUUUGCCACAGAAAUGGGUGUGCCUUAGUAAAUUAAAAUGUCACUGAAAAGGUCAUAUAUUUUAGUAAUUACAAUAAAAAAAGAAACAUGUAGAUUUAUUAAACACGUAUUUAUGUAUUUCAGCCUUAUUUCUCUGGUUUAUUUUGAUGCUUAUAACUUACAGCUAAUGAAAACCCAAAUAAAAAACAACUUUAAAUACAGAAAUGUUAUGUCAUGACCAUGUUAUAGCCUACAAAAGAAUCAUGAGGUAGACUGCUGAUUUGAAAGUUUUCCAAAAGACAGUCAAUGACACUCCUCAACAGGAGGAUAAGUCACAAAAGAUCCUUGCUAAAGAGGUUGGUUGUGCACAGAGUGAUAUAUGCAAGUAUAUUGUUGGAAAGUUGAGUGGAAGGAAAAAGAUCCCAAAGUAUUGAGCCACACUUAAACAUUUUUUUAAUUGUUAUAUUAUGUUGGAUUUGCAUUAGCUCUAAGGAAUUAUUAUUGAAAUUUACAAAAAUAAAUGCUUGAAAUCUGCACUAUAUGAGGUUUUUUUUAAUUGACCUACUAAAUAAUCCACUUUUCAAUGAGAUUCAAUUUAUUGAGCUGCACCUGUAUGGCUUUUUAAUAGUUUUACAGCCACUUGAGCACCAUCCUCCACCUGAUAAUUCUUGCCACACACAAUAUUGUGUUUUUAAUCCAAGCUCUUAAGUUUGCAGGUAAGAAAAACUUAUUGUAAAGGCAGAUCUCAGUGGCCUUAAGAGGUCUCCUUGGAUUUAACCCAAUAAUAAUCCACAGCCAGUUUUAAAUCAGUCCAUUUUUUUCUCAAUAACCCUUUUUUGUAUUUCAUGUGUGAUUUAGGUCAUUGUUCUGCUGAAAGAACUUAACCAGAACCUAAUUUUAGUGAUACAUUUCCCUUUUUGCACUCUUUUAUCAACACUUAAGAAAUUAUCCAUUCUUAGGUCUAAGCACAGCUAUAUGUAACUCUGCACUUUUCACAGUGGGCUUCAUUUUCUUGCCUAUAAAUAAAUAUGAAAAGUUGUA